GUUUCUAUUGCGCGGUUGUGCAUCGCAAAAAGAAUAGCCGUGUGGUGUGUGUGCAAAAAAUUAAAAAUAAAUCAUGAAAUAAUGAAACGAAACAAUGUGAUACCGUCUUGAUCCGCCCUGAGAUGAGUGUGUACCAUGAUGAGGUCGAAAUCGAAGAUUUCGAGUACGACGAAGAGGAGGAGAUGUACUACUAUCCCUGCCCGUGCGGUGACCGUUUCCAGAUCAGCCGCGAAGAGUUGAUAGCCGGCGAGGAGGUAGCCACCUGUCCGAGCUGCUCGCUAAUAGUGAAGGUGAUUUACGAUCCGGAAGCGUUUGCCGCGGAGCAGGAUGAAGCGGAACCGGCAACCGGUAGCAAGGUGGCCGAACAGCAGUUGGAAAAGAACUAA